AUGAAAUGUCGAGAGGUACUGUGCGAGCAUAUCCGGAGAAACCUCGGAAUCAGUGUAAAGACCGUGCAUCUCCGACUCAAACCAAAACCACAUGACAAAUAUCACUGGAAACUAAUAGAACCAUACAACGACGAUAUCUUGAAAUUGUUUCAAAAUGGUCCGAACCAAAUUCCUUUCAGCGGGCUUCCUAAGCGUGCACAUGAGACUCUCCAGCGCUACGUCGGGUGCAAGUUCGAGGCGCUCGCCAACGAAACUUUUCUGUCUACAGAAGUACCUGAUCAGGAUGGUUUACUGUGGCGACAAUCUGAUUCUGUCUUCACGGAAAAAAUUGCUGUAUUGGAAGCUAAGCAAGCAGAACUUGAAGACGAAAAUGGUGAGCUAAAAGCAAAUAUAGAAUUUCUCGAAGACAGAAAACGCACAACCGAGGAGACUUUGGCACGGGAACGGGGCGCCUGGGAUACAGAACGAGGAGAACAUUUCCAAGAAGCCGAGAACUUGAAAUCAACUGCCGACAAUCUUCGUCUGCUGAUUCGAAGAUUUAUGAACAGCGUUAUAGGAUACUAUCAAAUUCCGUCUAGGCUUCAGCAAGAUGAACAAUUACCAUCCAUCAAAGAACUGCUCAAACAGACGGAUAUGGAGGAAUGCUUGGAUUAA